AUGGGAGAGAAACCCUAUAAAUGCAUGGACUGUGGUAAAAGCUUCACUAUGAACAGUGCCUUUACUUUUCAUAAAAGAAUCCAUAUGGGAGAGAAACCUUACAAAUGCCUGGAAUGUGGAAAAAACUUCAGCACCAAAAGUUAUCUGACCUCCCAUAAAAGGAUCCACACAGGGGAAAAACCAUAUAAAUGCAUAGACUGUGGAAAAAGCUUCAGUAUGAAAAGUUCCUUUACUUACCAUAAAAGGAUCCACAUGGGAGAGAAACCGUAUAAAUGCCUGGAAUGUGGGAAAAGCUUCAGUAUGAAUAGUUCCCUUACAUAUCACAAAAGGAUCCACACAGGAGAGAAACCCUAUAAAUGUCCGGAGUGUGGAAAGAGCUUCAGCAGCAGCAGUUAUCUAACUUCCCAUAAAAGGAUCCAUACAGGGGAAAAACCCUAUAAAUGCAUAGAGUGUGGGAAAAGCUUCAGUUUGAACAGUUCCCUUGCUUCUCAUAAAAGAAUCCAUACAGGAGAGAAACCUUAUACAUGCACGGAGUGUGGAAAGAGCUUCAGCAGCAGCAGUUCCCUUACUUGCCAUAAAAGGAUCCAUUCAGGGUUGAAACCUUAUAUAUGCAAUGAAUGUGGGAAGAGUUUUAUUUCAAGCAGCUCCCUUACUAAACACAUUAGUAUCCACUCAGGGGAGAAAUUAUAUCCUUGUACAGAGUGUGGGAAAAGCUUCCGACUGAAUAGUCACCUAACUUCCCACAAGAGAAUGCAUACUGGAGAAAAACCCUAUCGAUGCACGGACUGUGGAAAAAGCUUCAGUAUCAAUAGUUCCCUUACUUCUCAUAAGAAGAUCCAUUUAGGGUUGAAACCAUACAUAUGCAAGGAAUGUGGGAAGAGUUUUGUUUCUAACAGCUCCCUGACGAAUCAUGUUUGUAUCCACCUAGGUGAGAAACUAUAUCAGUGUACGGAGUGUGUGAAAAGCUUCAGGUGGAAAAGUCACCUAAUUUCUCAUAAAAGGAUGCAUACAGGAGAGAAACCCUAUAAAUGCAUGGACUGUGGAAAAAGCUUCAGUAAGAACAGUUCCCUUACUUCUCAUAAAAGGAUCCAUACGGGAGAAAAACCCUAUGAAUGCACAGAGUGUGAGAAAAGAUUCAGCAAGAGCCGUUAUCUUACUUCCCAUAAACGAGUCCACACACGGGAGAAGCGAUAAAUAUGCUCUGAA